AUGCCCAUCAGCAUCCAGCUGACGUUUCUGCGACGGACGGCCGCGGGGCCCGCGCUGCUGACGGUGCAGGAUGCGAAAUUGGGCGCCAGGACGUCGACUAUCCAUGUUACGCUGUCGCAGGAGGAGACGUCGUCGACUGGCGAUGGCGAGAAGAAGAAGAAGCACUCCGUCAAAGUAGCAGGGUACAUCACCGUCUCGGAUCCAGUAUCUGAAGUCGGGCUGUCGACUGACUCGGACUGGACCGUGUAUCCCCCUCCGCCGAGUUUGCGUCCUCCGGAGUUUAUUACUACUAGUAAUACUGGCGAUGGCAAUGGCAAAGGCGACGUCCGUCUCGCACCGGAUAGCCCCUGGGUGCGGGUCUCCCAGCGGUUCUCCAAAUUCCGGCGCGCAUGGAACCAUACCGAGGUUUUUGGCCCUGCUGAUACCGAACUACGACAACGACGAUGGGGCAUCAUCGACCAGUGGGCGCGAUUCCGUCCGCUGGGCCCCAAGGGCGGCGAGGGGAGAUGGACCGAUGAAGCGGUGGCGUACCUGAUCGAUCUCUCCCCGCUCACGCUGCAGGGGUUGGAGGAUGCCGGUACUGCUGCUGGUUAUGCUGCUGAUGAUGGAGGCCCGUUCUGGUUCCCGACCGUGACGCUCUACGUCGACUUCAAGAAACGCCUCCCGCCGACGACGGGCGUCGAGUGGCUCUACAGCCGCGUCACGAUGAAGAGCAUCCGCAAUGGCCGUACGGAUAUCGACGUCGUGGUGCUGGAUGAGCGCGGCGAGGUCGUCGCGUUGGCGACGCAGGUCGGCUUGGUGGUGAGUGCGAGUCGGAAUCUCAAGGGGAGGGAGCUGCCGUAUAAAACCGAAGGACAAGGACAAGCACAAGGCCAGGGCGAAGGGGCUGCGAAGGCGAAGAUCUAG